AUGGAGCUGAGCCUCGACGGGCUGGCCAACCUCCACCAGACCGGGGAGCUGCUGAGCCCCGGCGGGGCGCACGGCCGCCUGGUCUCGGCGGCGCACGGCCGGCCGGCCAUGGUGUCGAGCAUGGCUUCCAUCCUGGACGGCGCGGGCGACUACCGGCCCGAGCACAGCCUGGGCGCGCCGCUGCACCCGGCCAUGAGCAUGGCCUGCGAGUCGCCGUCGGGCCUGAGCACCUACACCACGCUGACGCCGCUGCAGCACCUGCCGCCCAUCGCCACGGUGUCGGAGAAGUUCCACCCGCACCCCGCGCACCCGCACGCGCCCCCGCACCACCACCACCACCAUCACCACCACCACCACCCGCACCAGCGCCUGGCGGGCAACGGCGGCGGCGGCUUCGGCCUGAUGCGCGAGGAGCGCAGCCUGGCCGCCUCCAUGGGCAACCUCUACGGCCACUACCCCAAGGACAUGCCGGCCAUGGGGCAGCCCCUCUCGCCGCUGGCCAACGGGCUGGGCGCGCUGCACAACGGCCAGCAGCCGCUGGCGCCCUACGGGACGGGCGGCCACUUGGCCGGCGACAAGCUCCUCUCGCCCAACGGCUUCGAGACGCACCUGCUGGCCCGCGGCGGCGGCGGCGGGGGCGAGGACCCCCUGGCCCGGGGCUUGGGCGCCGGAGGGGGCAUGAUGUCCGCGCUCAACGGCAUGCACCCGCACGGCCCCCCGCACGGCCAGGCCAACGGCGCGCUGCUGGGCGAGCGGCAGGCCGCGGUGGCCGCGGGCGGCUCGCAGGGCGGCGGCGGCGGGGGUGCCUCGGGCCAGGUGGAGGAGAUCAACACCAAGGAGGUGGCGCAGCGCAUCACCGCCGAGCUGAAGCGCUACAGCAUCCCCCAGGCCAUCUUCGCCCAGCGGAUCUUGUGCCGCUCGCAGGGCACCCUCUCCGACCUGCUGCGGAACCCCAAGCCCUGGAGUAAGCUCAAGUCCGGCCGCGAGACCUUUCGCAGGAUGUGGAAGUGGCUGCAGGAGCCCGAAUUCCAGCGCAUGUCCGCCCUGAGGCUGGCCGCGUGCAAACGUAAAGAACAGGAGCAGCAGAAAGACCGCAACCUGCAACCCAAGAAGCAGCGCCUGGUCUUCACGGACCUCCAACGCCGCACCCUGAUCGCCAUCUUCAAAGAGAACAAGCGCCCUUCGAAGGAGAUGCAAAUGACCAUUUCGCAGCAGCUGGGCCUGGAGCUCAACACCGUCAGCAACUUCUUCAUGAAUGCCCGCCGGAGGUGUAUGAACCGCUGGCAAGAAGAGCCAGGAACCAACCCCGGAGUCUCUUCCUCAUCUACAAGCACUUUUUCCAAAGCAUGA